GUACUUCGCUUGCAUCCAUUCCCCAAACAUUCAAAAAUGGAGACAAUAUUUCGGCUUUACUGGAUCUUUUAUUCAAGUAAUGGUUCAGCUUAGUGAUGCCGAAAGGUAGGAAGUCUCUGCUUUAUGGCGUCAAAUUUUCCUAUUGUUGUGAAUGGCAGAACUGCUCCUGUUCUUGCGAUGACGAGGAUUCACUCAAAUUUCAUCAGCUACAACAUUUUAAGGUAUUGUGCGAUCAAGUUUCUCAGGGUCUGUGUCUUCCUAUCUGUGGAAUAUGUAAUUCUGCUUUGAAUACAACUGAUCUCGAUGGGAUUGAAAGGCAUUCAUUUUUUCAUUCAUGGGUUAGCCAAUUGAAGAAAACUGGAAAAUAUAUUUUGGAAACUAACGACUGGCCAUUAUGCAUGUUCGACUCAAAAUGGUGUAAUUCAAUACCUGAGCUUCCAACUAAGUUUGAAUGUGGUUGGGAAUAUUGUGAUUUUAAAACCAAUGAUGUUUCUACGUUUAUUACCCAUGUGUCGAAACAUUCAGAGGAAUAUACUGACUCUCGGUAUCCGGCAGGUGUGCGGUUGAAGUGUUUAUGGGAAGAUUGUACCUAUGUGACCAAUCGUUUAAAAUAUCUCUCAGGCCAUUUGGAUACUCAUACUCAAACCAAACGUGUAGCUUGUCCUACAUGUGGUCUGUUGUUAGUUAAUUCUGGCAAGUUAGAAAAUCAUUUGAAACGCCAACAAAUCCAUUUGUUAAACAAAGGUGGUAACUUCAAAGGGGAUAUACAUCAUUCAGUUAAACCUGUUAAGUGUACUCGUUGUCGAAAGAUAUUCAGUACGAAAAAGUUAUUAAGAGAUCAUAUGAAAAGGCAUAUUAAUACAGUGAAAUGUCCUUUUUGUGAUAUGACUGCAUGGAGCAAAUCAGCUCUGGAACGUCAUAUUUUAUUUCGUCAUUCAAAUGAAAGACCAUUUUCUUGUCCAUACUGUCCUUUUGCUUUUAAACUGCUGAGUGAUUUAACACGGCAUUUAAAGCUUAGGCAUAAAGCUAGUGAACCAAUCAACAGUACUAAAGAGUCAACAAAUCCAUCCGCAAUGAUUGAUAAUUCCACUGAUUUAGACGCUGAAAGACGGACUCCUCAGUCGGCAUCUGUAGCUCCUAUUCAUGGGCCAUUAGCACAAGCUGGUGCUUUACCUCUUAUUCAAACAGAUGCUUCAACUUCUACAAAUACUGAGGAAACUCGUGACACGCUAACGGAUUUAUUUGUUUGUCCUCAUGAGGGCUGUGAUUUCAAAACUAACAAAAGAAAUGGUUAUCUUGUGCAUAUUGGGCGUAAGCAUAAUUCACUUACACCCAAUUUGUCGGUGGAGUCAUCAGGUCGACAAAACGAUAUGGAAGAUUCUCCAAGUAAUCCACAAGAGCGUUUAUACAUCUGUCACAUGUGCCCUGUAAUUAAGCGACGAGAAGUUCACAGCUUAAAGUACUUACCCAGAAAUCCAAUUACAAUUUUUCCAUAUAUCGGUUGAUUAGUCCCAUAGGCAAGUAUCUUUUGUCGGCUCAUGAUUCAAAGGCGGAUUUUUAUUGUCUACUGCAUUUCGUAAAGUAUUGGAAAAUCAUGCAAGACCGUGAUUGGUUGUCUAGAGACCUAUGAGUUGUGAGUUCAGUCUCGAUUCCACCAACCUAGUAAUCGGUACCCAGGUUUCAUAAUCACUACCUACAUAAUAUUUAUGGCCCCACCACCUAGCAUAAAACCUUCAAACAGUUGUUCAAUUGUAUUCUCUGGACAAGCAAAUAUCAAACAAUCAUUUCUAAUGCAAUCAUCGAUUUAAACUAUCUUUCGUCAACGCAUAAAAGUUGGACUAUAAGAUAUGACAUUUACAGUUUUCAGUAUUCUAAAUAUAGUUAGGUUCAUAAUUUUUGUUCAAAACCUUCAUACUUGAAGAUGUAAAAAAUUGUUUGUGUUUUUUUCAUGAUUGGUGUUGACUUUGGAAUAAAGUAUUUUAAUAAAUUCAAUAUCUGGUAAACAAUUUUUGGACAGACGAUGCAAAUGUAAUCACCAUGCCGUUUUCGAUUUGACUAUGUUUUUUUCUCGAUUUGCAGAGAAAGUGUCUUUUAAUUAAUUAAUUGAUAACAGUGGCUUUAUUCUAAAAGAUAUUCUUUAAACUGAAAGUCCCUAAAGUUUAUUCAGCGAACUGUCUUCCUAAGAUAGAAUUCAUUCACCAGAUUCUCUUUAUAACCUUUGAAGAAACAUUCAGCAUACCUUCAAUUAUCGUCUGCUUUCUGAUAACCAAGAGAUUUCCAAGUAUUACAAAGGUUGUAUUUUUAAUAUAUUUCCGACUUUAUCCUUCUAAUCAAACCCGUAAAUUUUCAUUACCUGAGGGAGUUCUCGUGGUUAACUAGAUUGAGAUAACAGAACAUAUUUCCACCACUGUUUACUUCACAUACUUCCGUAUUCUGUAAAGAAGUUUACGAUAAGAUGGAAAAAUAGGUAUUUGUCAUUUGGAAGUUUUCUGGUUAUCACCUUUUUGUUUUAUACACGUGAAAGCUUGUAUAACACAACGUAUUUUGUAUUUACAAAUAGGUUGGGACUUAUCAAAGCAUUUAAUGAAAGAUCAUCACUUAGCUCGUCCGUCUGGUCAUGGCCGUUUCACUUACACUCUCUCAGACGAUGGCCAUUAUCGCCUUCAGUUAACUCGUCUUGACACUGUACGUGUUGCUGCUCAACUGCUUGGUGAAACGGUGGUUAGUGAAUUGCUAGUUCAGACGAGAAAUCAGCUGCUGUCUAUUUGUGAAUAAAACUUUAAUUAUUUAACCGUGUAUAGGAUACCAUUAUAAUAUUUCUUUUUGCUGUGAUGAAAUAUCUCAAGUAUACUAGUAUUCUUCAUCUAAACGUUCCAAUAAACUGUAUACCAUAUGCUUUUAGUGAACAAUACUUCUUCGGCGUCUGUUUAGAUCUCCACUUCUUUGGUUUAUGCAUGUGAUUUGAAUGCUAUAUUCAUUUUAUGAGUAUACCUCGUUGAUUCGACUUUGUAUGACCUAACUAUAACAUUGAAUAUAAUGCUUAUUAUAAUUUUU